AUGCCGCACAAGCGUAAAACACAUAAAGUACAUGUUAAAACUGUGCAAACUCAACUGCAUGCAGCUCCAAAAGUUUGCGUUAAAUCUAAUCAUGGCUCGGAACUGGAAAAUACACUUUCGCCACCAAGACCGGCAUUGCGAGAAGUACCAUCAUCUACAACGGGAAAUCUCUUUGCAGUGCCGCAAAGUAAUACAACAAUACGCAAACAUGAAGAACUGAACGCUUUGCAAAAUAUGCGCGCUGUUGUUGAUCCCAAUUUGACGCCUCGUUCCAAAGCGGCCAUAGCACCCAAGGUCACGGUCAAGAUGAACUUUGCGCCAAAUGUUGCUAUAUUCAAGAAUCUAACGCCACUCAAUGUAAACGAUACGCUUUCAAAUUGGGAGGUGUCUAAACCAUCGAAGCCUAUCCCAAAGACAGAACAACCGGAGCCUGUUUUGAAUCAAUAUGUGGAGACUAUAAAGCCUGUUGAACGCUUUAUGCCAGAACCUGCUCUUCAGUUAGAGUUUCCAAACGAUGAUUAUGAUUUUCUGCAAGCUUACAAGAAAAUGUAUACAUUUAAAUAGUACAUACAUAUUUAUUUUUCUUUAAAUUAUAUUUUUUAUCAUAA